AUGAUGCUGGCGCUGGGGUCCCCUUCGGGUGCAUCGUUACAGCUGACGACGGGAUUGCUACUGGGUUUCGUCUUCCCCGGCUUCCUUCCGCUCGGCUCUACGCUCGGCCUCGGCGUGGUCGGCUCUUCGCCAGCCAUGGACAAAUCCCUCGUCUCCAAGGCCACUGCCGACUCCGCCGAACCCACGCCGGGCUACAUGUUCAACGAGAUUGCGCGCAUCACACACGCCUCUGUCGACGCGUGUCUGCAGCUGGAAAAUUUCCUGCUCAAGCGCCUCAAGAAGGACUCUGUGCACGUCAAGCUCAAGGUGCUGCGCGUCAUCAAGCACUGCUGUCAGCACGGCCACGCCACCUUCCGCCGCGAGAUGCAGCGGCACACGACCGACAUCAAGGAAUGCCUGAGUGCGUGCUGCACCGCUUUCCCGCCCGCGAGACUGGCUGCGGGGGACGCGGGCGCGUUGAGCGAGGACCUCCGACCGGCUCGGAUCGCGGCUGGCGCUGCCGCCUCGGCGCUCGUGAACGCGCGCCGCAGCACGCUCGCCGAGUCGCCCUCCGUCUCCGUCCCCGGCGUCGACGAGCGGCUCCCGCCUCCUGCCAAGCUCGACGACCCCGAGUACAAUGCGGCGGUGCUGGAGCGAUGGCGCGAGCACGUGCGCCAGGCGCGCGAGGCGUGGCAGCGCAAGGACAUGCCGGCGGCCGAGGCGCAGCUCAAGCAGGCGCUCGAGGCCGCGGGCCACUUUGGUGGCUCGUCGGCUCCGAUGGCGACCUCGCUGCUCAACAUGGCGCAGUUCUACCGGAGAGCGAACCGGCAGGCGGACGCGGAGCCGCUGCUGCUCCGCGCGGCCGACGUUCUCGACCAGACCGCCGGGCCGUACAACAAGGCCAUCUCCAGCUCGGAGGACGGCCACACAGCGCUGGUGCCGAUGCGGCCUGCGGUGCUGCUCCUCGCGGCUCGAGCGCAGCAAAAGAUGGGCCAGGAGGGCGAGGCCGAGGCGAGGCCAAAGCCGUGCGGCGGAGCUUCGGCGCGGCUGCGGCUCGCGGUCGGCUUGCUGUCGGAGCAGUGGGGGCCCGAGUCGCCGCGGCUGAUCGUGCCGUAUGACGCGCUUGGCAAGCUGUACCGCUCGCAGCUGGGGCGCGAGGCAGAGGCGAGCGACAUGGAGGAGCGGGUCGGUUCUCUGCGCCGCAUCCAGGCAGAUUUCUCCUCCGGGGGCGGCGCAGCGCUGCGUCAGAAGCUCUCGGCGGGCGGCGCGGUGCUUUACGGAGCGGGCAAGUGCGCCGAGACGCGCAGGCAGCUGAUCGAGGCGCAGGGCCUCGAAGGGAGCUUCAAAUACGUCGAUUGCGCGGCCAACGCGCAGGUGGGCGAGUUUUGCAAGUCGCAGGGGGUCGACACGCACCCGACGUGGGUCAUCCACGGGAGGAGGCUCAACGGCUUCCUGCCGAGGGAGGGGCUCGCGCAGGCGUGCGACCACCUUCUAGACCACGAGUAGGCCGGGCCGAGCCCGAGGCCGGGGUGAGGGUGCACGGAGACUCUGAUAUGUCGGGCGGCUCCCCCGUCCUUGCCCAGCCUUGCAGCUGGCGCGCGAGGGGGUCGUUUGUCGCUCUAACACAGGAAUCGACGUAUUUUGUUACUCUAUAUGGGAUAUCACGAAUCGC